AUGCCCCCGCCCUCUUCGCUUCCCUUGAAAAGCUCUCGAACCUCUCUCUGCCGUCGUCGCCGCGAAUCCAACAACUCACUCGACGCUUGGAGCGACUCCGCUCUCCAGUUUGCCGACGCCGACGACCUCGAUACCCCACGCCUCGUGUCUGGGUCCAGCCAGCACCACCCAGAUUCCACCGCCCCAUAUCGUCCCCUCCCCGAUUCCGCCCUGACAACCCGCACCUCGUUUUCUUCCGAGUCGGAACAAAAGCGCACUUCCGUCUCCAGCAUCUUCUCCGUUUACUCGCUGGCCUCGGCCCGCGGCGUCCUUCCCUCUUCUUCCGCUCCCGCCACCCAGUCCUCUGCAGCUUCGACCAACGGCUCCGACAGCGGCCCUUCGCGCUCCGUUUCCGGCAUCAUGUCGUCGGGAAAACCCGUCACGAACGCCUCUCAGCCCGGCGCUGAGGUCUCCAAUGUUACCGUCACCACCUCCUCCAACGGGCAGCAUGGCAAUUCCGCCCCUGGCGCCCAUCACUUGACGCCGCGCGAUACCAACACCCAUGCUCACCACGAUGUCGUCAAGCGACCUCGCCCCGAGCGGCCUCAGCCCACUCGCUCUCGCAGCCGGAAUAAGCGCAGGCUCAGCGCAAGCACUGGCGCCAGCAGCCAUAGUCCCAGCAGUGAUCGAGGGCUCUUCCACAGUAACACCAGCAACAAGGAGAAAGAAGAGGUCAAGCCGGCGCCGUGGGGUGUCAUUGGGGUCUGCGCUUUGGACGUCAAGGCUCGUAGUAAGCCUAGCAGAAACAUCCUGAAUCGCCUCAUUGCGAACCGCGAGUUCGACGUCGUCGUGUUUGGCGACAAGGUCAUCCUGGACGAAGAGGUUGAGAACUGGCCGAUGUGCGACUACCUCAUCUCAUUCUAUUCGGAUGGCUUCCCUUUGGACAAGGCCAUUGCGUACGUCAAGGCACGGAAACCAUUCUGUGUGAACGAUGUGCCGAUGCAAAAAAUUCUCUGGGAUCGCCGCCUUUGCUUGAACAUUCUCGAUCGCAUUGGUGUUCCUACUCCAGGUCGAAUCGAGGUGAACCGCGACGGCGGCCCCAAGAUCCUAACCCCCGAUACAGCUAAGCAUAUCAAGGAGGUUACUGGUAUCACUCUGGACCCCGAAGAGUUGGGAUACAACAGGCUACCUCGGAAGGUUGAAUUGCUUGACGACGGCGACAUUCUCAGCGUUGACGGCACUCUGCUUAAGAAGCCAUUCGUCGAGAAGCCCGUCAGCGGCGAAGACCACAAUAUCAUCAUCUACUUCCCCAAGUCCACCGGCGGCGGCGCCCGCAGGCUCUUUCGGAAAAUCGGCAACAAGAGCUCGGAAUACGACCCGGACCUGAACAUUCCCCGCGCAAUUCUGGAACCGGAGAACAGCUACAUCUACGAAAAGUUUAUGCGAGUCGACAACGCUGAGGACGUCAAGGCCUACACUGUCGGGCCCAACUACUGCCAUGCCGAGACUCGCAAAUCGCCCGUCGUCGAUGGUGUUGUCAGGCGUAACACGCAUGGCAAGGAGCUACGGUAUGUGACGGCCCUGGAUCCCGAGGAAAAGGAAAUUGCCAGCAAGAUCUCGACCUCCUUCGGCCAGAGAGUCUGUGGCUUCGACUUCUUGAGGGCUGGCGGCAAAAGCUAUGUGAUUGACGUCAACGGUUGGAGUUUUGUCAAGGACAAUGACGAUUACUACGACCAUUGCGCCAACAUUCUCAAAGACGUCUUUGUUAAGGAGAGACUUCGAAGAGGCGGCGUGACCUCCCCCGCGCCAUCCCCAUCACCUUCGGACAUUGUCGACCCGCUUGCCUCGCGAGGCAAGGACAAGGAGUCUCAGCCCAUUCCUGUGCCACCGGCCCAGAACAAAUCCGUGACGAGUAUCUCGGCCAUCUCCGAGAAACUGCCACAGGAACCGAAGCAUGCGCCUACGAGUGUAGCCACCCAAAAGUCGGACAGCGCACUCAACUCGUCCGUCACCAGCUCGUGCACAAGUCCGACACUCCCACCCCCACCUCCUCUGGUCGACCCUGUCGUAGCAAGUGUUCCGUCCACAACAGGAUCAGCCACACCGUCUGCCGCGCCUUCGUUGAAAGGAGAGGGAACGGGACCGCCGCCCGAAGAGACUCCCGUGCCACCGCCACCGCCAAAGCACUCUUGGAAACUCAAGGGUAUUGUGUCUGUCAUUCGACACGCGGACCGUACUCCGAAGCAGAAGUACAAGUUCACCUUCCACACAGCCCCUUUUAUUGAACUCCUUAAAGGCCAUCAGGAGGAGGUGCUGCUCAUUGGUGAGGCAGCCUUGGCUAGCGUGUUGCAGGCCGUUGAUGUUGCCUUGAGGGCGGGCGUGGAGGAUCAUAACAAGCUCAAGUCCCUCCGCAACGUCCUGGUUAAGAAGGGCGGGUGGGCCGGCACCAAGGUGCAGAUCAAGCCCAUGUUCCGAAAGAAGAAGACAGAGGAAAUCGCCGUUUCAUCAGGCGACGAGCUCUCGCAGGUCUUGAAAGAGGGCGUCGAGACAGAUUUCGCGGAAAAGCCUGAAGACGCUGUUGCGAAGACAGAAAACUCUUCGCCAGUGAGGAUGCCGCCGAAGAGGCAUGAUUCUCUGUCUGGUGUCACCAUGUCCCGCAUCACGGCAGCGGAGGAGAGUCUGGUCCUGGACAAGCUUCAGCUCAUUGUGAAGUGGGGCGGUGAGCCCACUCACUCAGCACGGUACCAGGCCCAGGAGCUUGGCGAGAACAUGAGAAACGACUUCAACUUGCUUAAUCGUGACGUGCUGGAUGAGGUUCACGUUUUCAGCAGCUCCGAACGUCGAGUUACCACCAGUGCGCAGAUCUGGGCUUCUGCCUUCCUCGACCGCAAGGAUCUUCCCGAAGACUUCAUAACGAUCCGCAAAGAUUUGCUUGACGACUCAAAUGCCGCUAAGGACGAGAUGGAUAAGGUCAAGAAGAAGCUGAAGGGUCUCCUGCGUAAGGGCAAUGAGCGACCUCCUCAAUUUGCCUGGCCAGAGAAAAUGCCGGAACCGUCAGAGGUCCAGACUCGCGUUGUCCAGUUGAUGAACUUCCAUCGCCGCGUAAUGCACUAUAACUACACGAAGCUGCAUAACGGCAGUGCCGUUGCGUCAUUGAACAGUGCCAUUGCAAACCCCGGUACAGAGAAGCCUGCCAACGGGGACAGCUCGGUCUCGGCAGGCUCGACCUCAUCGUCACUGUCUCAAGCAAACGCGGUGAGCAAUAUCCAACCUAGAUGGUGCUGUGGCGAGGAUGCAGAGCUCUUCCGGGAGCGCUGGGAGAAGCUUUUCGCCGAAUUCUGCGAUGGGGACAAGGUCGAUCCUAGCAAGAUCUCAGAACUCUACGACACAAUGAAGUUCGAUGCCCUGCACAACCGGCAGUUCUUGGAAUGGGUCUUCACGCCACCCAAGGCCAUGUUGGAGGAGGAGUACGGCAUCAAGGAGAAGGAAAGCAAAGAGGGUAGCAAGGAUGGCAAAGCCACUGACAAGGCCUCUGAUGAGGGCAAAUCGUCGCUAGACUCCCGCGAGGAGCGGCGGGACGGUUCGGGAUCCAGCGACAAGGCAGAGAAGAGCGAAGCCAACAAAAGCUCGACCUCUGUCAGACGCAUCUUCCGACGGCGAUCGUUCCUUAACGGCCUGCGAAACGCCGAGGCAGCCCCGCCGGAACAGUACUUUCACCUUUACAAGGGGAACACUCAGACCAAGGCAAAGACUGACGCUCGGUUUGAACCUCUCCGAGAAUUGUACCAACUCGCCAAGGUGCUCUUUGAUUUCAUUUGCCCGCAAGAAUACGGCAUCUCCGAUGGCGAGAAACUCGAGAUAGGUCUCCUGACGUCGCUGCCCUUGCUCAAGGAGAUCGUUCAGGAUCUCGAAGAGAUGCAAGCGUCGAACGAUGCCAAAUCUUUCUUCUACUUCACCAAGGAGUCCCAUAUUUACACACUCCUUAACUGCAUCUUUGAAGGAGGCAUCGAGACGAAGAUCAAGCGAAGCACCAUUCCCGAGCUCGACUACCUCUCUCAGAUUUGCUUCGAGUUGUACGAAUCCGAGACCAAGGCCCCUGCUGACACACCCGAUGGCGGAGAAGAGCAGACCUUUGCCUACAGCAUCAGAAUCACCAUCAGUCCUGGAUGCCACGUCUUCGACCCUCUAGAUGUGCAACUGGAUAGCAAGCACUGCAUCAGCUGCGCUCCACGCCGCAGCCUGACCCCUCACGGCGAUUGGAUGCAAGUGAUUCGCACCCUGAGGGCCAAAUUCAACCAAGUCAAGCUCCCCAAGACGUUUCUCGCAAUCAACUUGUCGGAUCUCUUCUCCUUCGAGGACCAUGAGAGACGGGAUAGUGACAGCGAGGGUCUGGAGAUGAAGGCAUUACACCCCAAGCCGAAGUCAACGGCACAGGCAGCUGUCAAACAGAAGGAGGACGAGACCAAGGCCGAGCCUGAGCUGCUCAUAGAGGCCGGCCAAGCCCUUGCGUCGGUCUCGUCCGUUGCCAUGGAGCCCGAAGAGCUGGUGAGCCCAAAGACCAGGUCAAGUGCGGAGAUCAUGCCUCAGGCGGCCGAGUCGAGCGAGCGAUGA